AUGGCCUCGGCUCAAAGGCAAGCCAAGAUCGAGGAGAUGCGACGACUCAAAGAGGAGUAUGAGACCUUGAUGCAAAAAUUCAAUGAUGGAAAAUGCGAUGGAUACUCCCAAGAGGAGUACGGUAUCACGGUCUGGUACCACUCUCACUUCUGUGUUCGUCACGGAUACUUACACAGGGCAAACAACCUCCGGAUCCAAGAACAUGAAUGGCCCUUGCCUGAAAACACCCUCGAAGCUCAAGCGACGGUCUUUGAGCUUGCUGUUCCUCCAGUAUUUUCGGAGUGGCGAGAUAUAACGCUGUAUCUCAUCAACGACGUGCUCCUGAGCAAACCUUCCAGUGUCUAUCAUCCCGAUCCGUCUUACUCGCUGCGUGAGUACCAGCCGCUCGACAAGUUCUUCAGAACCGGGAGAAGUUACCGGGUUCACCUAGUUUCCGAAGCAAAGCCCAAUGUUGUUACUCAUCGAAGAGACAAGUCGAUCCAAUAUUGCACCGAAUCCGAUGUCUGCGUCAACAAUGGGCUUCGUUAUCAGUACUACGAUGGAUAUCAGGGCUGUUUCCUUGAGAAACUCUUGCCAACAGAAGGACUGUCGAAUCUCUGCACAUUCGAUUUGCCGAAGCGUGCUCAAGAUUUGAAGCGUUUCCUUGUUCGCACCUGGCUCAAGCCAGAAGGAGAGACGCCCAACGAGGUGAUAGCAAGCCAGUCAGACUGCCCGGAACACUUGUCUUUAUGUGAAUACAAGGUGCUGGCUGAGUUGCCGUAUGGUUACAACAUCCAGUGGACGAGCAUCUUGACUCAGCUUGCCAUGCCGAAGAUCGAUUUCAACAAGACGGAGACAGCCACGUUCUUGCUUCAAAUGAGCCUACAAGCCGGCCCGAGGUCUUCGACAAGCACAAGAUGCACACACACGCGACUGAAUGACCGGGAGUUUGGACGUCAGAUGCUUGAAAAUCUGACCAAGGGCGUCUCGCAUAUCCAAGAGAACUGGGAGUCCUAUACCGCCCUGUGCUCCUAUACGUUUUUGGCUUCACGUCUUCUGUCACAGGUUGCGAGCGAAUUGUCCCAUGCUUUCCUUGGCCUCCUUGAGAAGUGCCGCAAAGUCUCCUAUCGGUGGUUGAUGACAGUACUCGGGAGAGUGCAAGAGACUACCAACGAGACUCAGCGAAGGGAAUUUUUGGAGACAGCACUAAAUAUUGCGCUAAUAUGUGGAGACUCUUUUAAUGUUUAUGAUGGCUUCUUACGAAAGAUUUUGGCGGACUCAGAGCAGGCAUCGAUGUUGGUUGAAUGCUCGAUCAUCAUCUACAACAAUGCUAGUUUGAAGAGCGAGACCGAGACUACUCUUCGAGACAUCUUGUUCGAUAGGUGGAAGCACACCAUGUACCGAGUUCGUGCAAUCUUGGUUGGCCAGAACGUUCUGGUCAAUUCGUGUCUCGACCUUGCCAUUAAGCGAUGUUGGCCGGCAUUUCAACCCAUCGCAUUUUGGACGCUGGCUGCCGAGACUUGUUAUUGGUUCGAGACGACGAGCCGCGGGCAUCUUCAAGUGCACCUCAACAUCCUGACGGGAGAGUUGCUGGUCAAUGGCCUUCCCCUCUCUCGUCUUCCAAAGGAGUAUGAAAGGCAUGAUGACUAUGAGAGAUUGUUCAGGGGUCUCAUCCUAAAUGUUACGCCGAGCAACUUGCCAGGCAUGCGCUUCUGCACCACGCAGCGCUUCCAAGAUCAUACUGUUCACUUUGGAAUACAGGACCAAGACCUGCUCGUUCGUCUGGAGGAAAAUGGAUCCUACCUGGAUCUUAUUCCGUCGCGAAAUUUUCAGGGGAUGCUGCCACACUCCUUUGUCAACGAUUACGCUCAUUGGUAUCAUAAUAAGACAGGUAUCAUUCAAUUACACUCGCUAGAGGACCCUUGGACUGCGAACCCAGAUGAUUGGCGCCUUGCCCGACAGGACGGAGGUUGGAACCUGAGUCAAGGUGGUAGGACAUUCCUCUUCGCCCCGUCUAGUAGCAUGGCCCAGCGUAUUGCAGGAAUCCUAUCCCCCCUCGAGGCUCAGCUUGGUCUUCACAUGCUGUACGAUGCGCAAGAGCGCGCUCUGGAAGUCCGAGUGCCCGGCUUGCAGCUUGAGUUUUUGCUGAGGGCCGGAGAGUCGACUCUUCAAUCCAGGCAAUUUCGGGACAUGCACAUCGACCUAGACCAGUCAGUCGGAACACUUGUGGGCUUCCAGAGCAAGCUUGUCCUACGCAGUGAUCAGAAUCCGCCAACUAGGAUGUUGAUUAUGCCAGAAGGAGAUAUCCAAUUCCAAAGAUUCAGCGACCAUGUGACUGUCAAUGCCGCCUACGGAACCGCUCAUCGUGUGCAAGCCUACCGGAUCGACGAUCUCCUUGGCCGCCUCAUCGCCGAUACAAAGCUCGAAAGCAAGCUCUACCUCGCCUACAUUCACGCCCUCACCUCAUCUUGUCUUCCAGAUCCUUUUCUUAGACGAACAGGAACGGAGGAGGCUCUUCAUAUCUUAGGCUCCGCAUCAGUCCGAGCACCCUGCCCUCUAUCCCGGACCGCUCAUGAUAGGUUGAACCUGAUCGCUGCUCUCGCCCCAAGUCGCGCUUUCUACCCAGCCUACGAGAGAGUGAUGCAAAAGGUUGAUUGGUCCUCUAAGUUGAGCUUUCUAGCGCAAGACGAUCGUCUCUACACAGUUACCAAGGAGAUUCUGGGCCGAUCUGGUGAAAUUGGAUUCCUAUACCCCCACCAUAGCAUCAAGCUAAGCGAACUUAAUCAUGCCACGAUCGGCCUCGUCGAACGGGCCAUCCUCAGAAAUUCUCGCCAAUGCGUGUCGGGCUUCGGGGCCGAGGGCUUCACCGUUCAACACGAUGUCACAUAUCAGCCAAGAGAGCGGGGUAAUUCAGAUCGAGCAGUGCGUGCCACAGAAAUGGCAUUCCGGGCCUAUAACAAACGUCCAACUUUCUCCGAACCUGUUGCUGCAGGGUUUACCCACCAUUUGUACACCCUCCUUAGCCAUGAGACGACAACAUCCUACAGGACAGUUCCUCCAAGAGAGGACAUGCUGUACGACUCGAAGUGGCUCAAGAAUCCAAAGACUUUUCUCUCGUCCUACUGGUGUCAGCUGCAUCACGCAUUUCAGGGCGAUCAGCCUUGGCUCAAUAAGUUCGAGCUGAUGGUUUGGAUAGCGACGGUUGCGUACUCUGCCAAAUCUGACAAGCAGGUCACACAGGCACUCCUCAUUCUUGCCCUGUCCGCGCCAGUAUCCGCUAUUCCCUUGCCCUCCAAAGGCCGGUACAAUCUAUCACACGGCUGCGAAAUGAAAACAGCCGAGCUUGAGGCCAUUGCCGGAGAAGCUGCUCUCCGCUACGAGCAAACUCCAGCGGCACGUCUGGGACCGCGCUCAGACGAGUCAAGCCAACAGACCUUGAACCGACGUCAUGGAGAAUUCCAAUGUGAGAAAAAGAAAGCAGUCGAACUUUUCAAGGGCGAGCUUGCUCGGCAGUGGCCUUGUGAUUGCCCCCGAGCACCUUCGGACAGACAUGUCACUGCGUACAUCGAUGUGUCAAAGGCAAUGGGAUUUGUAGGGAAAAAAUGGACGAAUUGGUAUGACAACCGAGAGUUCAUGGCCUAUCUUUCGAAGUUCGUCAAGGGUUUGGGAGAGAUACCUGUGGAGGGUAUCAUCACCGAGCCUCCUUUUGCGUUGCCAGACAUUCAACCAAGGAGUCAGUCACAAGGAUUCGUCUCAAUCGAUGAUCUCUUCCGUCACGUCCCUCCAUCUCCAACGCCAGUUCCAGGUUCCUUGCUCGAAGGCCUUCUUCAAGCAACAUCAACCAAUCCAGGUGCAACCGCAAGGCUGCCUGAUGUUCUCGACUUUUUGGAUCGCAAGACCAAGUUGGACUAUGAGCACCAUUACUUGCGAGAGCUGCGGCAAAGCCUUGCUAGUCUGAAAGGUCAUGCUGGCCAUGAGUUGAGCGGAGAUCGAGCCUCAACGCGUGCGGUUCUAUUUCAAGAACAUCUGGAGCAAUGGGAGAGGCGUGUCAAGUCGAUAUAUGAGUCGUUGUUGGACGCCGUGAAUCAGAAUCUGAAAGACCUACCGGAAGCUAUACAACGUAUAGUUGGAGACACAGGUUUUAGACCUCGAAUUUCACCCAUCUUCUUCCUGCAGCAACUAAGAAACUCACGAUGGUCUCAGCUCUCAAGUGCUUGGCAGGAUGCUAUCGCCGAAUACGGACUGGCGAUUACUGCCCUUCAACAAGCUAAGCGUUUGAUACGAUUCCAGAAUGACCCCGUGGAUCUGCUUCGCGAACUUGAGGGCGCUGGCCACAAAGGGUGGAACCCUCACGAACAUUCAGAAUGGUUGCUGCUAGAAUGUGAGAGUGAGAUCAUGAUCCGGGAGGUGCAGCAGCAGAUUGCCCAACAGAUGAUACAGCCGCCAGACAAUGAGAACUCCGUGAUGCAGUUGAAUAUGGGAGAGGGAAAGUCUUCUGUCAUCGUUCCCAUCGUUGCAACGGCUCUUGGGGAUGGCUCAAAACGGGUUCGGGUCAUCGUGGCCAAGCCGCAGGCUAAGCAACUGUACCAGAUGUUGACCUCCAAGUUGGCUGGUGUGCUUGAUCGCCCAGUCUACCAGUUGCCAUUCUCUAGGGAUAUUCGCAUGAACGAAUUUCGAGCAGAGGCUAUUCACCAACUUACAACCAAGUGCAUGCAAGAGGGAGGCGUCCUACUCGUUCAACCGGAGCACCUACUGUCUUUUCAGUUGAUGGAACUGGAAUGCCAACUCGACAACAAAAAUAGGGUUGCCGAGAAGAUGAUGGAGGUCCGGAAAUUCUUCGACGCCUCGUCCAGAGACGUGGUGGAUGAGAGUGACGAGAACUUUAGCGUCAAGUUCGAGCUAAUCUACACUGUUGGACAACAGCGACCAAUCGACCAUAGCCCGGACCGGUGGAAAGUCAUACAAGAAAUUCUCGGCUUGGUUGCACGGUUCUCUGCCGAAGUGAAGCGAGACUUCUCGCAAUCUCUGGAUUUUGACGAUCGACACCGUGGCCGAGUUCCCAAGGUUCGGAUUCUUCGUCCUGAUGCAGAGACGGCAAUUUUCAACCGCGUGGCAAGUUUCAUAUGUGAGACUGGAAUGGAUGGUUUCCCUAUCGCACACCAGCAUCCGACCAUCAGGAACGCAGUUCGUCGCUACAUUACUCAGUGGGACUUGUCAAGUGAGGAGAUCGAGACUGUCGAGAAGAGCCCUUUCUGGCACGAGAGCACCAUCAACCACAUGUUGCUUCUUCGAGGACUCUUUGCGGCUGGGAUACUUGCUUUUGCAUUUGUCCAGAAACGGUGGAGGGUCAACUAUGGUCUCGAUCCAAACAGGGAGACAAAGACCAAGCUUGCGGUACCCUUCAGGGCCAAGGAUAACCCGACGCCCCGAUCAGAGUUCAGUCAUCCUGACGUCGUGAUCGUUCUUACCUGUCUGAGCUACUAUUAUGGUGGGCUGGACGAUGAGGCUCUCUUUGCUGCAUUUGACCUACUCGUUCGAUCAGACAAUGCAGAUCUGGAAUACCAGGAGUGGGCUAAGACCGCCCCAACAAUACCUGUGGCCUUCAGACACCUCCAAGGGGUAAACCUCAAGGACCGCGUCCAGUGCAUAUCUGAGAUCUUCCCUCACAUCCGUUAUUCCAAGGCAGCCAUCGACUACUAUCUCUGCCGAAUGGUCUUUGCGAAGGAGUCCAGAGAGUUCCCUCACAAAUUGUCUGCCUCGGGCUGGGAUCUGGGCAAGAAGAAGCUGAAUCCGACAACAGGUUUUAGCGGCACCAAUGAUUCUCGGUACGUGCUUCCAUUGGAUAUGAAGCAGCUUGACCUUCCUGAGCAGAAUCACACCAACGCAUUGGUGCUUGAGUAUCUACUACGGCCGGAAAACGCCAUUGCACUGAUGCGACCCGAGAUGAAAGGGGCGGCACUCGACAGCAAGUCUCUCCUAGACAUGGUCACAAACAUGGACUCAAAUACCCGCGUUAUCCUUGAUGUUGGUGCCCAAGUCAUCGAGUUCACCAACUUGGAGUUCUCCAAAGAAUGGCUCAAGUGCUACGAAGGUGAUGAGCACACACAGGCUGUCAUCUUUUUCAACGACUCGGAUGAGAUCGUGGUACUCGAUCGAUCAGGAAAGGUUGAAGAACUUCAGACCUCGCCUUUUGCGGAUCAGAUGGAUCAGUGUCUCGUCUUCCUCGACGAAGCCCAUACCAGAGGCACAGAUCUGAGACUUCCCGCCAAAUACCAAGCUGCGGUUACCUUGGGUGCGAACUUGACGAAGGAUAGACUGGUACAAGCAUGCAUGAGGAUGCGAAAGCUUGGAAAAGGGCAGACUGUAGUAUUCUGCAUUCCAAGAGAGAUUGAACAAAAGAUUCUCCUGCUAAUAGGCCAGGAAUCGUCAAGGUCUCAUAACAUUACAGUAUCCGAUGUUCUCUGUUGGGCCAUCACCGAAACCUGCCAUAACAUGAGGCGAGAAGUGCCAUUAUGGCUCACUCAAGGUAUUCGUUUCUGUCACCAACGGAGGUUGUGGGAUGAGAUGGAGGCUCGCAGUGACUGGGAAGGCAUAUUUGAGUGCGCUGGACAAUUCAAGGAGGAUGAGGCGCAGCCUCUUGACAAACGGUAUCAUCCACAGCAAGCCCACCCUGGCAUUUCUUCAGUUCUCGACCGCAUUGAGCCCCAGGCCGCGACGGAGUUUCAGAAACAUUGCCAAAAAUUCGGCCUGACAGAACUGCGUACCUCGUCACUACAGGAGGAACAGGAGCGAGAACUCUCGCCCGAGACCGAACACGAACAACAAGUGGAGAGACCGCCCCCAGCAGAGCCGGAGAUACACCAUUUACAUGACGACCUGCGCAACUUCGUCCAAAAUGGCGUGUUUCCACCAUCCUCGAGCGCAUUCAAGCCCGCCUUUAUGGCUCUCGAACACACUUCGGCGGCAAAGAAUUUCGACGUGAGCGAGUUCCGGAACAACGUCUGGGUGACACUGGACUUCUCAAGGACUGUCAAGGGAUCCUUCGGAUCAAACAACUACGCGGACUUGUUUCAGCGAUCCGUGCAAUGGAUAUUGACAAGCAAGGGAGAGAUUGCUAAUAACCGCCUUCUGGUUAUCAGUCCGUACGAGGCACAUAAUCUUCUACCGGAUAUCGAGACGUCUCGGCAUGUCACCCUGCGGCUCUACUCCCCUUGGGUGAAUCUUGGGUUUGGGUCACUUGAUCAUCUCAACCUCUACACUAUUCCCCAAACAAGAAACUGUGACACCAUCCCGCGGGGCCUUAUCGCCCAACUCAAUGUGUUUGCUGGGCAACUUUAUCUGUCGUCUUACAGCGACUAUGUCGAACUGUGUGUCUCUCUAGGUCUUGCGUGGAAGGCUGCCGAUGAAUCCAUCACUCUUGGGCCGGAUGGAUUCAUUCCACUAGACUCGACAGCGGGCAGCUCCAACAAGUCGGGGCUCUCUAAAAGUCCUGUCAGUUUCUUGAAGGUCCUCAUGGCGAAAAUACGACAGGAGUGCGAGCUGAUCGGGAGGACGCACAUGGGGAGGAUCCUAGAGGGAGUACGGCUGCGCGAGGAAGAAUGGGUAGAGAUUUAG